UCUCGCCAAGCCCAAGGGCCUGAGGCAGCAGCCCCAGUUGUUAGCCGCAGGGCAGGGAGGGGCCAAGAGGGCUCCUCGCAGUGACUCUGCUGCAGCCCACUGACAGGUGCUGGGGCGCAGCCCUGGGCAUGGGGCAGCCAGGACGAGUCUGGGGGGCCCUUGCCUGUAAAGCCAUUUCCUGUAACACCUGUGAUGCAGAGGAGAGCGAACAGGAAGCAAAGCCAGAGUGCAAUGGGACAAAGCCCAGAAGAAGACACUGCAAGGAGUAACUGGAUCUCCUGAGAUUCUGCCAUGACCUGCAGCGUUUCAAAGCUCUCUAGUCCCAGCCCAAGGGGAGACCAUCAGCUGCAGUCCAUACAGCAUUCAUCUUACUUGCACUGAAUCCACUCAGAACUAUUCAUGGCCCAAGAAUCACAGUGGGGGCUUGACUUGGAUGCUCCUGUCAGAUUAGGCUUUGCAGCCCAGCAUGAAAGGAGCCUAUAGUCACUGAACAGCAAUGAUCCAGACUUGGUGUGAGAUGUGUGUCCUGCCCCCCUGCAGUAGCUGGGUCACAGUGUCCUUUCUGACUGCUUUGCCCGUGCAUGUUCCAGAUGACCUUUCCAUCACACCUACCCCGUGGUGCAGCACAUGCAUGAGGCAGCCAGUGACACAGCUUAGUAAAGCCUCUUCCAUGUGCUUCACUGGCUCUCUUGCUCAGGCUUGCCCUAUGUGUCCUGCAGCUGACAGGCAGCGGGGCAGGAGAGAUGCAUGGUGCUGAGGAAUUCCCUCCCUGCCUUGUCUUCUCUCCCUAGCCAGGCAGGGUUGGUAUAAUUGCUGGAGCUGUCGUGCUUACAAUGCCUGUUGUUUCCUUCUCCCAUGGCACUGAUGCAUCCGUGGUGCUUAAAAGGGCUGAUCUGUGUCAGCGGCCUUCUCUCACUCAUCCUGCUUUGGUGCCUGCUGGUCAUGACAGCUGAUGUCCAGAAGAGAUGGCAGCUUUCCAGUCGCUUCCCCAUCAUCCAAGGGAAGCUGCCCAGAAGGUCUCGCUUUGGGGCCAUUGAAUCUGCCCAGAGAGGCGUGGACUUUCCAUCUCUGUUCACUAACUCUCUCACAGAUCCUCACUGUGAGCCUGGGCAGCUGCUCCUGAUCCUCGUGACUUCAGCCCCAGGGAAUUCAGAGCCCAGGCAGGUGAUCAGGAGAACCUGGGCUGCCCAUGAGGGACUGACAGCAUACCAAUGGCAGUCUGUGUUCUUAGUUGGCCAGUCUGCAGAUGUUGGGGUAGCCCAGGGCAUCCAGAGAGAGCAGCAGGAGUUUGGGGACAUCCUGAUUGGGAAUUAUCAGGACACCUAUCGGAACCUCACCCUGAAGGUCAUGCAUGGGUUUAAGUGGGUAGCCAAGCAGUGCCGGCCCAGCUACAUUCUAAAGACAGAUGAUGACUGCUUCGUCAACACAGACCGGCUGCCGGAGUUCCUGCUGGAGCACAACACUAUUAAGACGGGCCUGUAUGCAGGAUCCCUCUUCUCCAGGGAGAAGCGGCAGGUCAUCAGAGAGCCUUCCAGCAAAUGGUUUGUCUCCAGGCAAGACUACCACCCAGAUGAAUACCCACCAUAUGCCAGUGGCAUCGGCUACAUCCUGUCUCUGGAUGCCGUUGAGCAGAUCCUGUGGGCAGCAGAACACGUCCACCCCAUCCCGGUAGAAGAUGCCUACGUUGGCAUCUUGGCUGAGAAAGCUGGGAUCCGGGUGAAAUCCAGUGCGCGCUUCGCCAAGCACAACGUGAGGUGGCGGGUGUGUAACUACCGCUACCUAAUGGUAAUUCAUCACCUGAGCCCACAUGAGCAGGAGGUGGCCAAGGGGAACAUGCUACAGGCUCGGAGUGCCUGCCAUGACAGUCUGGAGGUCACCAGGUGGAAGUGAGCCACUGUCUGCCAGGAGGGCUGGCAAGGGACGGGGCAACCUCAUGCCUGUAGCACAGUCUGAAGGGGGUUAUGCAACCGGUGCUCAGGGUUACCCCUACCCCAAGGCCCCAUCCCAGGCUCUGGAGGGUGGUGAAGCACUGGAAUGGGUUACCUAGGGAGGUGGU